AGCAGAUUUUAGAUUGAUUAAAAUUAACUGUCAAUCACUCCUUCUCACUGCCCUCCGUUGUCAUGUGACAGGGAGCUAACUCGCGCUCCAAAUAUGAACAUUUUCGGUGGAUGCUUCUUCAUUUUUGCUGGUGCUUUUUUAAGUUGGGAGCACCAGUGCUGCCAAGUAAAAUUAAAAUAUAUAUAUUUCGAGCCCUGAAGUGUAGAAGAGCAAGCCCAAAAGCCCCCAAAAAAACACAUGGUAAAAGUUUAAUCGUCUAAUCCUUGUCAGUAGCUGUACAUUGUAGUUAAUCCUCAUAUCAAUUUUGUGGGUUUGGGCUGCUUUGUGUGUCAUGUCAGAAUGUUCUUGUGUGCAAUUAAAUCAUUGAUUGCAAAGGGAAAAGAUGGAUUAGACAGAGUGGGGUUGAUAAAAAAAAAAAAUGUUGGGUGUGCCCUCUAGUCUACACUGUUGUAUAUGUCCUGAACCAAAAACGUGUGUGUGAAUUUGCUUGGUGACUAGAGUUAUAAUCGGAGGGAGCCCAAAGGUAUCUAGAGUGUGGCUAGAACAUAUCCUUUUGGCUCUCCCGACUUUGAGUUUGGGAUGCUGGUCGUGGUUAAGGGUCUAAAUGAUACAGGGUGAAAGCAUCGAGGUUCAUGAGUCUGUCCUCUGAGGACAUCAUCUAAAGGGGCUCUUUCACCAGGACGUCAACAAGAAAGACGAGAAAAACCUGGGGUGGCCGCUCAAAGACUUGAAAGGCUAAGGAAGGAGCGACAGAACCAGAUUAAAUGCAAAAAUAUUCAGUGGAAGGAAAGGUCGUCCUCAAAAUCAGCGGAGGACUUGGGGUCGUUGUUUGAGAAGCGGGACUUCAAGGAUAGGCCCAAGAGCACAGGUACCAAGUCUACCCUGUCCCUGCGACUGGAGCAGUGCCCUCAGCAACUCAAUAACCCCUUCAACGAGUACUCCAAAUUCGACGGGAAGGGCCACAUAGGUACAACCGCAACCAAAAAGAUUGACGUCUACCUCUCGAUGCAGUCGGCCCAGGAGAAACUGCAUCCCAUGAUGGUGGUGACCAUCGCCAAUGCCCGUGUCCACGACCUUAUCGGCCUCAUCUGCUGGCAGUACACCAGUGAGGGACGGGAGCCCAAACUCAACGAGAACGUGAACUUGUACUGCCUCCACAUCGCCGAGGACGACGGCGAGGUGGACACAGACUUCCCCCCUCUGGACUCCAACGAGCCCAUCCACAAGUUUGGCUUCAGCACCCUGGCCUUGGUGGAGAAGUACUCCUCUCCCGGCCUGGCUGCCAAGCAAUCUCUCUUUGUACGAAUAAAUGCUGCUCAUGGCUUUUCCCUCAUCCCAGUGGACAGCCUGAAGGUGACCAUGAAGGAGAUCCUGCAGAAAGCGCUCAAGAAGAGGAAAGGCUCACAGAAAGGUUCAGGUCCCAUGUACAGACUUGAGAGGCAGGCGGAACCCAACGUGGCAGUAGAUCUGGACUGCACCCUAGAGAGCCAGAGCACCCUGGAGUUCUGCUUGGUCAGAGAAAACAGCUCCAGAGGAGAGGAGAGCUCAGAGGAGGAUCCUCCCAUCGACAUCACCACGGUGCAGGACAUGUUGAGCAGCCACCACUACAAGUCCUUCAAGAUCAGUAUGAUCCACAAGCUGCGCUUCACCACCGACGUGCAGCUAGGUGUCUCGGGGGAGAAGGUUGAGAUUGACCCGGUCACCAACCAGAAGACGAGCACCAAGUUCUGGAUCCGACAGAAGCCCAUCUCCAUCGACUCGGACCACCUCUGUGCCUGUGAUCUCGUGGAGGAGAGAAGCCCCAGUCAUGCAAUAUUCAAGCUGACUUAUCUCAGUAGCCACGACUACAGGCCACUGUACUUUGAGUCCGAUGCUGCUACCGUCAAUGAAAUCGUGCUCAAGGUCAACUACAUCCUGGAGUCGCGGGCCAGCACGUCACGAGCGGACUACUUUGCCCAGAAGCAACGGAAGCUGAGCCGGCGCACUAGCUUCAGCUUUCAGAAAGAGAAGAAGUCUGGCCAGUAGAGAGAGAGAGAGAGACGUACAAAUCAUUUCGAUGUCCGUCUUAUCUGUCUGAGCCAGGGACAGAGCGAUGGACACAUGAACAGGGCCUGACGAACUGGCACAGAAGAAAAAACGGGUCCGAAGGGAGAGCGAGGCGAGAGAGUGAGAGAGAGAGAUGGAGACUUAAAGGAGGAAGAUGGAGUGUGAGGGAAGGGCGCAAAGAACAUGUUGUGGAAGAGCGAGGUCGUAAACAAGAGAAACAUACAAAGGGCUUCCUGUACUCCUUCCUCAUAUAACGGUCUCCAUUUGGCAGCCAUAUCAGAAAAGGCUCAUCAUAAAAAGGCUCUUCACAGGUGUUUAUCUCUUUAAAGAAUGUCCAAAUCAAAUGUUACAAAGACACAAAGCAGGACUUAUUUCGAACUAUUUUGAAUGAGACGAAGCUUUAACCCUCAAACACAUACUGUAUAUUGGAGGUGGGGAUUAAGAUGGAAAAUGUAGUGUCAAUGUCAGAAUUAUUAUACGAAACCAUGUUUAUCCACUGCCGAUGAAUCAAAUCGACACAUCGCUCUCAGAUGCAUAGAGUUGGCUGGUGACCAACAUCUUUAGCCACUAGGAAGAUGAGACAAAGCAUUUUGAAUUCCCUGCUUCUGCCCUGAUAUAUGUACCCAAAUGUUAACUUUAUCAGACUAUUGGUCCACAUUUACAUGUUAAGGGACAUCCUUGCAUUUUUAUUUGUAUAUAGCAAAUUGAUUCAGGGUUUAAAUCAUUAUGACAACUGCUUUGGCCAUAUUACUUCAGUGCCUGAAACCAUUCUAUAAAGGAGUGGGGGAAGUCAUACUAUUGUCAGUUCUGCUAAGGUAUCAUGAUGAUUUUUAAUAAAAUGGCUAGAAAAAGGUAUUACAAUACCUUAUAAAUGAAAGGAAUCCCUCCAACAUUACUCUUCAACAGCAAGGGUAGAGAACACAGAUGAAUUCAGAGGGGUACGACCAUUAAAGAUUUUUAUGAUUUGAAACCGAGACAAAAACAAAUGAAAUUAUUACCUGUACUUUUUACUGUGACCUAUAAAUGUUUAUGCAUUUUAUCUAUGGACUGUAAGCUAAUGAAUUAAGCACUGUCUGUUAAACAGAUCCUAAUGUUUGUUCAGACUGUCUCGGCAGUUAGGGAAUGUAUGACAUUUUUACAACAUUUUGUGGAUGUUGUUAAUACAAUGACAUUAUAUGAAUUCAGCUCA